CAGUCCACAAUAUUUCCCAACUUACCCAACUCCACCACCUCCCCUGCCCACCAUUUUCCUCCCCUCGUCCGCCGUUUCUUCCGCCAUAUUGCCGCCAUUUCUAUUCUCUUUCUCAUAACUUCAACGUUAACAAAAAAACACAAAUACUUGGAAUUUGGAUCUUAAUACGAAAAUCCGAAACGAGUCUUUCUUGAUAUUCAAACUCCCUGUAGAAGGCUACAUUUCUGAAGACAGAUGUUCGGUUUUAUGCUGAGUACAAUGUUCCCCUUCUCUCAAAGGUUUUUUUUAGAUUGCUUUUUAAUCAUAUUUUGUCGGUGAAGCUUACUGUUUUCGGAUUUCUUCCACUUCAAGUGAUAAACCAGAUUUAAGUGAUGGACCGCCGUUGGCCAUGGAAGAAAAAAUCAUCCGAUAAGGCCUCUGUUGCUGCCGCUGCCGCUGCUACUUUGGCUUCAGUGGCAUCUCAAGGCGAUCAGGAUACAUUCAAAAAAACAAAGUAUGUUCAAGUUACUGUGGAAUCAUAUUCACAUCUCAGUGGUUUGGAAAAUCGAGUGAAAACAUACGAGGAACAAGUUCAAUCAUUGGAGGAUGAGAUUAAGGACUUGAACGAAAAGCUCUCGGAGGCCAUUUCGGAGAUUUCUGCCAAGGAAGACCUGGUGAAACAGCACACUAAAGUUGCAGAAGAGGCUGUCUGGGGUUGGGAAAAGGCUGAAGCUGAGGCUUUGGCAUUGAAAAAUAACCUGGAAUCCAUUAUGCUUUCAAAGCUUGCUGCUGAAGACAAGGCAUCACAUUUGGACGACGCUCUUAAGGAGUGCAUGCUGCAAAUCCGGAAUCUGAAUGAAGAGCACAAACAGACAUUGCAAGAUGUGGUAAUUAGCAAAGACAAGCAAUGUGAAAAGAUUAAGUUUGAGCUCGAAGCUAAGAUAGCUAAUUUAGACCAACAAUUUCUUAAGUGUGAAGACGAAAAUGCUGCAAUUUCAAGGUCUUUGCAAGAACAUUCUAGCAUGCUGAUCAAGAUGGGUGAAGAAAAAUCACAAGCUGAGGCUGAGAUUGGGCUUCUGAAGGCUAACAUUGAAUAUUGUGAAAGGGAAAUAAAUUCACUGAAGUAUGAACUCCAUGUAGCUUCCAAAGAGCUAGAAAUACGUAACGAAGAAAAGAAUAUGAGCAUGAGGUCUGCAGAAGUUGCCAACAAGCAGCAUAUGGAGGGUGUCAAAAAGAUUGCAAAGCUAGAAUCUGAGUGCCAAAGACUGCGUGGUCUUGUGCGGAAGAAGUUGCCGGGGCCUGCUGCACUUGCUCAAAUGAAGCUAGAGGUUGAGAGUUUAGGAAGGGAUUAUGGAGACUCUCGGCUAAAGAGGUCUCCUUCUCGGCCUUCAACUCCUCACCUGUCCACAGCAACCGAUUUUUCCCUUGACAAUACACAGAAGUUCCUUAAAGAGAACGAAUUGCUAGCAGAACGUUUGUUGGCAGCGGAAGAAGAGACAAAGAUGCUGAAAGAAGCUUUGGCAAAACGUAACAGUGAACUAGUGGCUUCUAGGAAUCUAUGUGCUAAGACAUCAAGCAAGCUUCAAGCUUUCGAAGCUCAACUUGCCAUCACAAACCAGCGGAGAAGUCCCUCAAAAACAAUUGUUCAGCUACCUGCAGAAGUUCACUCAAAUCAAAAUGCUAGCAGUCCACCAAGUUUAAAUUCUUUGUCUGAAGAUGGAAAUGAUGAUGAUAAAAGCUGUGUUGAAUCAUGGGCAACUGCUUUGAUCCCUGAGCUAUCUCAAUUCAAGAUGGAAAACAACACUGAGAAGUCAAACAGAACUGAGAAUGCGAAACACUUAGACCUUAUGGACGACUUUCUUGAGAUGGAGAAGUUUGCUUGUUCUUCAAAUGAUUCAACUGGAAACGGUGCAGUCACCAUUACAGAUUGUACACACAAUAAGAUAUCUGAUAUUGUUAAUGGGGAUGCUUCGAGGGAUAUUUCUUGCAAGGAACUACAUUCUGAAAAGCGGCACGAUUCAUUCCUUCCAGAAUCUGAAGCCGACCAAUCGCCUGUUCUGAAGCUUCGGACAAAGCUCUCCAGCAUGCUUGAAUCUAUAUCUAAGGAUGCUGACAUGCAGAAAAUUCUGGAGGACAUCAAACAUGCUGUGGACGAUACUUAUGAUAGCCUGAGAAAGCACUCCAUAAAUUGUAGUGUAAUUGCAGAUGAGAAAAUUGCUAUGUCCACUGGUGAUAAGGUUACUUCAGAACCCUUGCAAAUUAUAAGCGAAGAAUUAGCUGAUGCAAUUUCUCAAAUUCAUGAUUUUAUACUGUUCCUGGGAAGAGAAGCAACUGCAGUUGAUGACAUAAGCUCUGAUGGGAAUGGAUUAAGCCAUAAAAUUGAGGAGUUCUCGGUUACUUACAAUAAGGUCUUUUGCAGCAUUGCCAGUUUGAAUGAUUUCGUUUUCGAUCUUUCAACAGUUUUAGCUAAAGCUGGUGAAUUAAGAUUCAAUGUGCUUGGCUAUAAGGGUAAUGAAGUGGAAAUCAACAGUCCACAUUGCAUCGAUAAGGUUGCUUUACCAGAGAAUAUGGUAACUCAAAGGGAUUCUUCAGGAGGAAGAUAUCAAAAUGGAUGUUCCCACAUUUUGAGUCCCACUUCCAAUCCUGGGGUUCCCGAUAAUGGAUAUGAAUCAAAACAAUCAGGCAAAUUCUCUUCAGAAGAGUUGGAAGAAUUGAAGUUGGAGAAAGAAAAGAUGGCAACCGAUCUUGCUCGAUCUACUGAAAACCUGGAAAUCACUAAGUCUCAAUUACAUGAAACCGAGCAACUUUUAGCAGAGGCUAGAUCUCAGUUGGCUUCUGCUCAGAACUCAAACAGCUUGGCUGAGACACAGCUCAAGUGCAUGGUAGAGUCCUAUAAAUCACUCGAAAGACGUGCAGAGGAGUUAGAGACUGAGGUAAACUUUCUCCGUGGAAAAAUAGAAACUCUGGAUAAUGAGCUUCAAGAUGAAAAGAGAAAUCAUCAAGAUGCUUUAGCCAGAUGUAAGGAAGUCGAAGCGCUAUUGCAAAGGAACGAGAACUGUUCUGUUUGUGCUUCAGCAGCUGAUAAUGACCUCAAGAACAAGCAGGAGAAAGAAUUAGCAGCUGCAGCGGAGAAACUGGCGCAGUGUCAAGAAACUAUAUUCCUUCUUGGCAAGCAAUUGAAAUCUCUGCAUCCUACGACGGACACGAUGGGGUCACCAUACAAAGAGUGGAAGCGAAAUGGUGAAAGUUUGAGUGAGGGUGAAUCGAUGACCAGCGGAAUCAACUUGAAAGACUUGGAUCAGGCAGAGACAGGCAAUGGAAGCAGCAUAACAGGUGCAGAGUCCCCCAUGCCUAUGGAGUCAUAUAACACGCCAUGUAGCACUUCUGAUACUGAAGCAAACCUUUCGACAUUGCGAAUCAAGUCGAAGAACGCAAAACACAGGUCUUGCGUGUCGAGCUCUUCCUUUUCUUAUUCGGACUCGGACCCAACGCCGGGGAAACAAUCGCGAGGCUUUAGCAGAUUCUUUUCCUCUAAAGGGAAGAAUGGUCAGUAAACCUGCAAAAGGCGUAGAAGUUGAUGAUUGAGGCGACGGGUAAUAGUACUUAGAAUAAUCCAAGUUUAGACAUCUCGUUUUCGACUUUGCUACUCAACUAUGCUAUUGGGCUUGACAUUGUGAACUAAUGCUCUGACGUAGAUGUAAUUUUAUUAAUAUUGACCGUUUAUGUAGCCAUAUUUGUUACAUAAAUAAUUAUAUUAUACUUUUAAAG